AUGAUUUGCUUUACUGGGAAGAAGAAGAAGAAGAAGGGCAGCAGUGAAGGGAUGGAAGGAGAGAGGGUGAGGCUGCUGGAAGAGGAGCUGGAAGCAAUAAUGUAUGAGAGAGAGAAAGAGAGCAAAGCGUAUGAGAGGGAUGUGAUGGUCUUUGCAUUCAAGGAGGCAGAGUGGAAGCAAGAGAAGAAGAAGCUCAAGGAGGAAGUGAAGAGGCUGAAGAAGGGUAUGGAAGAGAAAGAAGAGAUCAUCAAAGGGUUUUGCGAUCAGAAUUAUAUCAUGCUGGAAGAAGAGUACAGUAAUUACUGGCAGCAGCUCUCGGCUGGGACAGCCACUAACUUCUUGCUGCAGCAGAUGAGGGAGGAAAGGGCACUCAGAGAUGAAGCUGUUGAUCGAUGGAAGAAGCUCUACCUUGCCAUCAAGACCGAGCUUGAUGAUCUCAUUCAGAAGACUCAUCCCGGAGAUGGAUUGAUGUACUGUCGAGCAGUAGAGGAAGAAGAAAGCGCGACAGUGGAGGAGCUCAGGAUGGAUGUGAAGUUGAAGGAAGAGACGAUAGCAGAUCUGAAAGCAAGGCUCAUUGUGUCCGAGCGGGAAGAGUUCAAUAGGGCUCGAGAAGUAGACAUUCUGCGGCAGAGUUUGAGAAUCGUCGGAAGCAGCUGCAGCAGCAACAAGAAGUCGUCGUCCAGCUUGCGCCUUGGAAGUAAACCCAACUUCUCGUUCGUCAAAAGGGUUGUGAAAGUGGUAGUCGAUUAG